AUGGCGUACCCGCCAGGACGUUUCAGUUCGCCACUGGAUGCGUUCGACUAUCAACGUCGUAAGUCAUGCUGGUUGGCGACCGUCGCUCACGCCGAGCUGUUGCCCAAGCUGACGAUGGGGUUCCUCUGCGUAGUCGCGAGUUCCGAACGAGGAGUCGAAUAAGGAGGCGCAACAUCAUCUUCAUCCUCAUAUCACCUUCCGAGAGCUUUACGAAUACCCAUCGUCCGAUACCUCCUCGUGGGCUUGCUCGCACUGGUCGGAUUGCACUGGCUCGCAUUGUUCAUGUCCCCGAGCUACGCCGCCAGCGCCUCCCUCGAAGCCAUCGCAUUCAAAAGUGGUCUAGGAUCAGAUGGCUCCCCUUCAUCAUGGCACGACUCUUCAACAACAAAUCUAGAUGACUUGACAAGUGUCGGCGGUACCGGACUCGCGCCGUUUGAGUCGCUUGACCCCGAGCUCAAUGCGAUCACGUUCGUCAUCCUCGCUCGCAACUCGGAUCUAUGGAAGAUGGAUCUAUGGAAGAUGGAUCUAUGGAAGAUUGUAGGCAGCAUCCGACAGACUGAAGGUGGGUUCGACGCUCUUUCCUUUUUGAGAGGCAUGAAGCCAUCCUUCAUUCCAAGCACUAGAUUUGCUGACAGUCGACCAUCACUUUUCUUUCGAGCAGAUCGGUUCAACAAAAACUUCCACUAUCCCUACGUUUUCCUCAACAACGAGCCCUUCACAGACGAACUCAAAAAAAUCACCUCGCUCCUCGCAAGUGGGACAUGUAGCUAUGGUCAGGUUCCGAGCGAUCAGUGGGCCGAGCUGGAUCGAUCAGACGAAAGCGGCCAAGGCGCGUCAGGCAAUGGCUGA